CGUCGCAAAAAGAGCACUUUCUUCGGCCUGCUUGGCAUGGGUCUGGAUGGUGUGAGGUCACUACAUGGUUGCCUGGCCGGACUGAUUCAUCAUGAGUACGGUUGUCCAGAUAUAUAAACAGUCGAAAGUUGCUUGAAAUCAUGGCAUGGAUAAGUUCAUUUAUUACACUCAACUCACUCUAUUCGGGACGUCAAAUCAAUCAUCUGCUACAUCUUAACCUCCAAUAUGAGGCUUUCAGUCACCAUCUACGCCUUAUUGGCAGCCUUCUCAUCCUGCUCUUCAGCAGAUCAGGUAAACCAAACCAGCAAUACCCCAACUCUGGACCUGAGCACCGACUCCGCCUUCAACUUUCAAUAUCUCAUUGCACUCGGGGAUGCCCUAACCGGUGGAUCGGACAUCGCCCCAGUCCUCGGUGCCGCCAAAAACAUCCAGGCUGGGGACAUGGAAUCCUUCAGUUCGCAAUUCUACAAACUCGCCAAUUAUACCAAGGCAAUGGCCGAAAACCCCGAAAAUGCCUACGAUCCAGUCAACGUGAGAGACAUGUGGUUUUCGACUGCCCAGUACUUCCGUCGUGCGGAUAUCUACCUGCAUGGUAACUGGAGCAACCCACUGAUCGACUCCCUGUGGGCCGAGCAGACUGCCGCCUUUGAUAAGGCGAUGGCUGCUCUGCCGGUACCGGGCCAGUGGGUUCGCAUUCCCGCCCAGAAGGGCAACUUCACCAUUGAAGCAAUCUGGUACGGUGCAUCGGACAGCAAUAGCCAACAGCUCCCGACCUUGGUUAUCGGAAAUGGAUUCGAUGCCGCUCAAGAAGACUCAUACCAUUACUUUGUGGCUGCCGCCCUAGCUCGAGGGUGGAACUGCAUUACAUACGAAGGACCCGGCCAACCGACUGUGCUCCGUAACCAGCACAUCGGUUUCAUUCCGGACUGGGAGGACGUGGUAAUUCCCGUUGUGGACUACGUUCUCUCCCAGAAGUCCCAGGUCGUGGACCCGGACCGUCUGGUCCUAGUUGGAAAUUCAUUCGGCGGUUAUUUAGCUGCGCGCGCGGCCGCAUUCGAGCCUCGACUGUCCGCCGUCGUUCUCAUCGACGGGGUAUGGGAUCUCUACGCCGGGUUCUCGGCCCAACUACCCUCCGACCUCCUGGCGAUCUACGAGGCAGGCAACUAUACCACGUUCGACCAAGAAAUUCUCUCGCUGCGUAGCUCCGACCAGCUCUCCACCAACACGGCCUGGGGCCUCGACCAAGGCUUGUGGACGUUUCGCACCCACUCGCCGUCGGACUUUUUCAAUCAGACAAAGCAGUACCGACUUGCAGAUGUUGCUGCACGAAUUAACAUGCCGGUGUUUGUCGGUGAUGCUGAGUUCGAAAAUAUUUUCCCCGGACAGCCGCAACAGGUCGCGGAUGCAAUCGGUGAUAAUGCAACUUAUCAUAUGUUUAAUGGGACGGCGGGCUAUCAUUGUCAAACUGGGGCGGGACAGGAAAUGACGACAACCAUGUUUGGCUGGCUCAAUAAAACGCUGGGUGGGGUAUAGCCACAGUGUGCAGUGAUUGACUGGUGUUCUGGAUGUGUAUAGUGAAAGUGUGUAGGGCACCUGUUCGUGGCUAUCAUGGCGCUGCGUCGGCUAUCAUAGCCAUAAUGGAGAAUGUGCCGUGCGAAACAUAAUACAGCAUGUGCUUAGGAGAAGUAAAAGGUAAUAGGUAUUGUAUGCGAUCCAAGGAAGAUUAUCAAGCACCUAUUUGGGAAGAUCGGG